AUCUAACAAUAACGUUUGGACCAACUACUCAUAGAUAAGAAGUUUCCUUUUUCAAUGCUACUUCCGUUUUUCGCAGAUUAAUCUUUCAGUUUUUAACUUCGCGUCGUUCUGGAACAAGCCCUUAAGUUAAUUAAUAAUAAGUUAAAAUGAAAAUUUUGGUGGUUAUUUCGUGUAUUUUUGCAGUCUCACACCCGAUCAGCUACAGUGGUAUGCGUUAUGGUUACAGUGGUAUGGGUUAUGGUAACAGUGGUAUGCGCUAUAGUUACAGUGAUAGAAAAAUGUGCCAAAAAUUCAAUUUGGCAAAUGGCCUAGCGAUAUACAGACAACGACACCGCCUCGCCAAAUUCAAAUGCAACUCCGGUUACAACCUAUUGGGUGACAAAUUUGUGCAGUGCAUCGGUGGCCAAUGGCAAUUCGACGCCGUACCGAUUUGCGUCAAAAACUCGUGCAAGCCCUUCGACAAGACGCCGGACAAGGUGUUGAUCUUCCCGACGCACAACGGGGCCGUGAUGAACUUCGUCUGCAUGAGCGGCUACAAGCUCAACGGGAAGUCUUCGAUGUACUGCGACGGUAAGCAGUGGCAAGGACCGGUUCCUCUGUGCAUACCCUCAGACUCGAAACCGCCGACAUCCUGCGAUUUUGAGAGGGAGGAUCUUUGCGGUUGGCAGCACGACCUCAACCACGACUUCGAUUGGAGGAGGAUGAAUUACAACACGCCGAGUGGCACCAUUGGUACCGGCCCCAGUUACGAUCACACACUAGGAAAGGAUCAAGGAGGUUAUUACAUGUACAUCGAAUCGUCGUCGAGAAAUGAAAACGAUACAGCACGAUUGAUUUCCCCCGUCUACGAACCUACCAAAAAGGAUGUGUGCUUCGAAUUUUGGUACCACAUGUACGGAGCGACGACUGGAACAUUAAGGGUUUAUCUGAAGAAGGCGAAGGAAGAUUCGAACUUGAAGAGUUCCUGGGUACUCUUCGAUAUGAAGGGCAACCAAGGAAAUGUUUGGUAUAAGUCCCGACAUUUCAUCGGGCCCAUCGACGAUAAUUACCAAAUAAUCAUAGAGGGAGUUAGAGGUGCCUCCUACGUUAGUGACAUAGCUAUUGACGAUGUGAAAAUUAUAGAAGACUGUCAAAAUGAACCGGAAACGACCACCACCAUGGUAUCUUAUUCUACUGAACUAACCCCAAUUAUUGAAACGUGCGAAGAUAGAUGUGGAUUAAUGGCCCCCACUUUAGCCACAAACAAUUUGAUAACUUGCGACUGCGACGAGGAUUGUUGGUCCAGGAAUCGUUGUUGUCCCGACAUCUUCGAUCAUUGUAUUUUUCGUAGCACAACUGAAGAUGAGAACGAACUAGUGACUACAACUGAAGAGACUACAGUUAGAAUUGAUACUACAACAAUUGCGGUGACUACUAUGCCAACCACUACGAUUAAAUUAAUUGCUCCUACGACUCCAAAAAUGGUCCCAACUGUUAAACCAACAAAUGCAACGAUUAAAGUGGUACCAACAACGACAAAUAAACCAACAACAAUCGUUAAACCAACAACAACCAUUAAACCAACGACAACAACUUUAAAAAAAUCACCACCCACUAAACCAAGAAAAUCACUCCCCACAAAAAAAUACGUGCCUCCCCCACGUAAGACAAAAAAACCUACAAUUCCAACAGUCUCAACGCCACCUCCUUUCUACCCAAAGCUGAACAUAAGCAAGGUGAUCUACACCCAUCCCACGAGAAAAGAAACCGACUAUGACACGAUGAAGAACCAAGAGACCAACGAAAGCAUCUUCGACUACUCGGACGAGGGUGAAGAGAUGGUGCCCUUCCUGAAACACUACACGCAAAAGAAGGUGAUAACGGUGGAAGAGAAAAAGUCGAACAGUUACGUGUGGUGGAUUGUGGGAGCGGUGACGGCGAACGUGGUUCUCAUUGCGGUUGUGGUCGCUGUCAAAGUGGGCAUGGGCAAGUACAAGAGGAGGCUGAACGGCUCGGGGGAUUCACAGAGCGACGUACGCUUCCUGACCAACGAUGAGGUGCUGGAUUUCACCAUGAACUCAGAUUAUGACGAUUUGUGAUUUGAGAUUUGUGUUCGGCUUAUUUUUAAAUAAAGUUGUUCUGAAUAUUAUCGGAUAAGAC